UUCAGUUGGGAACCUUUUCUCUUUUUUGUAUUAUUUUUUAUAAUAGCAGCUGCUGAAAUGGAAUCAAAAUCGGACACUACCAACACUGUGGAGGAAUCUCCAGAACAGGAGCAGAUCCUCAACAUAAUGAGUUUCACACAGCGGGGACGAAUGGAUGAACAGCGCUGCACCUUGAGUCCUGUUAAAACAGCACAAAUCAAAACUACAGGUUCAAACCAUGAGUUGUCGUCCCAUACCUCAGACAACAAGCAGGGACAGCGCCUUGAUGACCUCAAGGUGUCAUUGCCAGGGUUUAACAGCAAGGGACCUCAGAGUGAUAACCAUCACGGCUCUGCACCUCAGAUCUCUGUGACCGAGAGUACUCCAGAUAGAAACAGGAAAGUUCUCUUACCAGCCAACCAAUUACAGGUUCCCUCUCAGAGUGACUGCUCCAAUUCCAUAAAGGAAGAAUCACCGGAUGAACAACAAAAGUUCAUGAAAAUGAUCAGCCAUGGACAGCGUGGACGUAUGGAUGACCAGCGCUGUUCCUUAAAUCCUAGCAAGAGUGCUCCUUGCACACCUAAACAAACAGACAGAAAGGUUGCUUCAGUUCAAGAUACUGAAAUGUUAUUCAACCUCUUGACCAACACUCAGAGCCAACGGCUCGACGACCAGAGAGUUUCUCUUCCGUCAUUACCAGGAUUACAGAAAGACAGAAAUGACACAUCUACUGCAGGAGGAGAUUCAAACUACUUGUGUUACAUGGUCUCUAAAGUCCAGGGUUCCAGAAUGGAUGACCAAAGGUGCUCGCUACCUCAAAUCCGAACCCCGGACAGCCAGUCUUCACCUAAAAAGGAUGUGUCUGGUUUAAGCCCUCCACGCUCAGCCUCCUUCAGCCCCAGUUCAGACAUAGAACGACCAAAGAGCAAAGAUAAAGCAUCUCAAAAACAGGUCUUGACUGCAACUGAUCAGGAAGAUUUUUUUAACCUAAUGAGUCAUUCCCAGCGUGGGCGAAUGGAUGAACAACGAUGUGUCUUAAAUGUUACUCCCCAGUCCACACCGAAACACAAGCCCAGUCAGAGCACCAUGCCCAAAGGUCCAGAUUCUGAAAAGUUCCUCAACCUGCUGGCCAACUCUCAAGGCCGACGGCUUGAUGACCAGCGAGUGUCUCUUCCUUCAUUGCCAGGGAUACAGAAUGGUGGUACCACAUCAACAUCAACUGCGGCAGAGAUGGAUGCAAGCUACCUGUGUUACAUGGUCUCCAAAGUCCAGGGAUCUAGGAUGGAUGAACAAAGAUGUUGUGCACCCCAAAUCCUCCAGAAUCCCAAAUCAGACACAUCUGAUGAAACUCCCCGGACGUCUGCCUCUUUAAACCGUGACAAAACCGACCAACAUCAGCAGGACUCAACUCCAGCUGAGCAGGAGAAGUUUUUCAAAAUAAUAAGUAAGGCACAGGGUGGACGUAUGGAUGAGCAACGUUGCUCUUUACAACCGGGCAAAAGUAACCCUGCCACCCCCACACACAAUGGAAGUGCUUUGAAUAACGUACCCACAGGUGCAGAGACUGAUGCAUUCUUCAAAAUCCUUGCCUCCAGUCAGGCACGACGGCUAGACGAUCAGCGUGUUUCACUUCCUACCCUGCCAGGCAUAAGUGGGAAUUCUGAACGAAAAGAAAAUACAAAGUCUGGGAAUCCAGCUCGUCCACCACACAUCACUGUUGCUGAGAGUACACCAACAACACCAAGGAAGGACUAUUCCAGACCUACCUCUCAACCCCAAAUGGCUAAUGCAGCAUAUGGCUCCCCCAGUGUCCUGCCAAAAUCUGCUUCGUUUACGCCUGAAACAGAAUAUCAGAAGAAUCUAAAUUCCCCAGGACAGGUGACAGUGAGGGUGUCCAUGAGUUUCACACCACAGCAGGGACGGGAGAAUGAUGAUCAGCCAUGUACAUUCCCAGAGGUCUUUCUCACUCUAGGAGCCCCAGGAGAUAACCUUGUGAUUCCUCUGAGCCCAGGACCUGGAAGACCCCUGUCCUUCAACUUAAACCUUGUCCCAAAAGAAGAUGUUAAGUCCAGGCACUGCUCUCCAAGCCAUGCAAGUCCCAGGAAAGCCCGCUCAAGACCAUCAUCUCCCAACCCAGGUGCAACCUGUAAAGCAUAUACUGUAAGUUCAUGCACAGAUGAACAGGGGGAGCUUGUGACCAGCCCCAUCAGUCCAGAUGAAGACUGCUUCUCUCUGAUUGAGAAGAUUCAUACAGCCCAGAUGCAGAAAGGAGGGCAGAAAUAUAAAGGGGAUCCUGGAAAGGGGAGGGAAAAGGCAGACCAAGGAAAGGGAAAGGGGGGUGGAAAGAAAGAUAGAAAGGAUGGUGGCAAUAAACAAUAGUCAGGUAUGCAACACUGUAAAUCAUCUAUUGAGGAGAACAAUAGAGGUCAAAUGUGAGCUGCCAGUAAUUGGCUUGGACUGUAACUAAUGCAACAAUGUUUAUAAAAUUGUAUUUUUGCUAUUCAUAUGCCCACACUGAUAUAUAUAUAUAUAUAUAUAUAUAUAUAUAUAUAUUGUGUAAACAGCUGUGGUGUAGGUGAGAUGUAAAUGUAAAUGCAGUGUAUGCACUUAAAGAUAUUACUACUUUAGCUGCUUAUCCAAAGAGAGAAACUCUAGGUAGGCUGCAAUUAAACCCGCAACUCUAGCAAACUGUGUGAAACUGAAAAAGCAGUAUAACAAUAAAAAAUAAAAAUACCUUAAUUAAACCUGAUUGCCAGUUCAUGUUUGCUCUUGAUUAGUUGACCCCCAUGAUUGACAAAUGAGCUUAGAGCCUACCUGUACCAUUUUACUACAACACCUGUUUUCUAUAAAUCGCUGGUGCAUCUCAACUACAGCACAUGAUGGAAAAGAUGUGUAACAUUUGCUCUUAACUGAACUUGCAGCUAUAUGAUUAGCAACAAUUUGUCAGUUUGGUCAUCAUAAAUGACACAUAUUGUUUUAAUAGUGUUAUCCAACUGUUACCUAAAGUAACUUGGUUAUGUAAGUUAAGUAUGACAGACAAGUAAAAAAGAAAAAGGAACACAGGACAUUUUUAACAUUUAUUGAAGAUUUACACAAGAAAAUUCUCAAGCGCUCAUAUUGUAUGAACUUGAUUGAAAAGCCUCAGCUGGAAACUUGUAUCUCAUUCAGCAGAGUCACUUCCCUGAAAGUAAAUCAGAUAAUUAGAACUUGUAGAUAGUGUUUGUUGGGAUGUACUAUCAUAGCAAUAUGGUAACAUUUACUAUAUACUGAUGAAAAAAGCAUUUUAUGGAAUGAGAAAACCAGAAAUAAAGCUUUAUACAGAGUGAUGUUGAUCUGUUAUCAGCAAAAUAGCUUGUGGAAAAGCA